CGAAUUCGACAUUGCUACUACGCCUUCUAUGCUUGUAUAUCCAAUCGUUCACAUGUUGUACACUUAUAAACUAGAAAUAAACCAUGAUUUCUUUAUUCAUAAUAUGACAAUAGGUUCGCCGCAGUCUCACCUGUGCGCCACAUAAGCACGAGCCCUCCUUCUUGCACUGCCACGUCAUUCACCGCCGUCGAGACUCCAACGUGUCUGUCCACAAAACCGGCUGGUGGGAGGGGAAGAAAAAUUAAAACGGAUAAUAUUCUCACCGGUGACACGGAGCGGGGAUCAUGGGGGGAUCACAGAGCGUGGAAAUUCCCGGAGGUGGUUCGGAGGGCUAUCACGUUCUCAGAGUGCAGGAGAAUUCUCCCGGUCAUAGAGCAGGUCUCGAACCGUUCUUUGACUUCAUUGUGUCCAUCAACAACACCAGACUGAACAAGGAUAAUGACAUGUUGAAAGACAUACUGAAGGCUAGUGUUGAAAAACCUGUGAAAAUGCUGGUGUACAGCAGCAAAACCCUGGAGCUGCGGGAAGCUACUGUUACUCCCAGCAACAUGUGGGGCGGUCAGGGUCUUCUGGGGGUCAGCAUCCGCUUUUGCAGCUUUGAGGGAGCCAAUGAGAACGUCUGGCAUGUUUUGGAAGUGGAGCCAAAUUCUCCAGCAGCGUUAGCAGGUUUAAGACCACACACGGAUUACAUCAUCGGAGCAGACACAGUCAUGAACGAGUCAGAGGACUUAUUCUCAUUGAUAGAAACCCAUGAGGGCAAAGGCCUGAAACUCUACGUCUACAACACAGACACGGACAACUGCAGAGAAGUGGUCAUCACGCCCAACGGUGCCUGGGGUGGAGAGGGCAGUCUUGGCUGUGGUAUCGGCUACGGUUACCUGCACAGAAUCCCUACUCUGCCCUUCGAAGAGGGCAAGAAAAUCAGCUUCCCCGGACACACCCCCAGUGAGCCUGCCAGCCCGCUGAAGGACGGCUUCACAGAGGUUCAGCUGUCUGCAGUAACUCCGCCCCCUGUGUCGCAGCCUGUUCCCACAGGGCUUGAGGACAGUCUGUCUGGCCUGUCACUCAGCUCUGCCCCGCCCUCAAUACCCAGCGAGCUCCACACAGGUGUUCCCACAGUCCCCCUGCUGCCCACUCAUGUGACCCCUGGGCUGGGUCCCCUUCCCAUUGUCAACCCCUCCACCACCGUACCAGGUUUGAUGUCCUUACCGUCUGGCCUCCCUCCCCUGCCAAACCUGCCUAACCUCCCAAACUUCAAUCUACCGUUACCGGACCUUAGCGCUGUAUCGUUAGCUGGAAUCAGUGGGUUACCUCCCACUACAGCAGGUUUGCCUCCUCUCCCUCCUCUCCCUCCUCUGAACCUGCCCGGCAUCUCUGCUCUGCCCAUGCACACCGUUCUCCCUUCCACACUUCCCAGCAUGCCCGGUGUCACGCUGCCAUCUUCCCUGGCACCAUCUGACCACAUCCCACCCGUCUCUUUAGCUGCCGGGCAAACUCCAGCGUUCAUUCUGCAUGCCAUGCUCACCCCUGCGGUCAAAGACACGCCUUCAGAGAAGCCUGCUGCGACGGAGACGCUCCUACAGCAGACGACGGAUGCGCAGGCGGCACCAGAGUCCUCGUAACGGCCGGACCGGGGCCGGAGGGCGUCCCUCCGUACGUCUCUAUUGUAUUUAUUCAGUACAAAAAGAUUCCAGUGUGUGAACACAAACACAGAGAUAAACACGGUUCUGUUGAGAGACGCCAGCGUCUGAGAGUUAUGAGCAUGUGGAUGGACGGCUAAUAUUAAAAAAUACAUUUAAAAAAACAGAGAUGGCUGUAUGUCUGGUUUGCGCUCUCCUCAGAAUCGGUGCCGUCUCGUGCUUUUUCUUUCUGUAUAUCCUGUAAUCAACUUUCAGAUGUUAAUAUAGCAUUCCCUGUAACUAUCAAUUGCUAUGUGAUUUUACAAUGUAAUGUCUGACUUCUGUCUUUCUUUCUUUCUUUGCACCGUUUGUUUCGAUUGCUUUGAUUUCCUCAGAAACAACUCUAUUCGUGGUCAGACUGGGCUCUGGGCCUCUGUUUCUCUCUCGCGUGCUCUCACACACUCUCUGUAUGAUAGCUCUGACGUCAUGAUGAACGGAAACACAGUUACAAACGUGCUGAAGGUGCGCUUGUGCAGUUUGAAGAUUGUGAAGGAAUCUCUUAUUCAAACAUACACAAGCAAUAAACUACCCAGUUUUACACUA